CCCCACCCCGGGGGGAGCGCAGAGCCGCGGCUACGCGGGAAACGUAAAGUUUCUGCAGCUCAAAGUGACGCAAAAAUUCUUAAAGAGCUCUUUGGCGGCGGAUAUCUAGAGAUCAGACCAUGUGAGGGAACGAGAGAGUACAAAUACGGCCGCUCUGGCGCCCGCUCCGGCACAGGCAGCCGCGCCCCCGGUGCCUCGAGGGCGCGAGGGCCGCCCCGCCUCCGAGGGCCCUGGACCAGCCUCCCCACGGACUCCCGGCAGAGCUCUCAAUCCCGCUGAUAACAAAGCUCGGAGGAGAUCCCAGGAUCUGAGCCCUGAAUUCAGCUGGGGACUUCCGCAGAUGGGUGUCAUUAUAAUCCCCUAGCCAGCAGGAUGGAGACCACGCCCUUAAAUUCCCAGAAGGAGCUGCCCGCGAGUAAGGAUACAGACGAUUGUCAGGAAAAUGGAGUUCUGCAGAAGGGGGUCCCCGUCCCUGAGGAUAAGGUGGAGUCUGGCCACAUCUCCAAUGGGUACUCAGCAGUGCCGAGCCCUGGUGCCGGAGACGACACUCAGCACGCCCUUCCAGCUGCCACCACUGCCCUAGUCGCCGAGGCUCACCAAGGGGAGCGGGAGACCUGGGGCAAGAAGAUGGAUUUCCUCCUCUCGGUCAUUGGCUAUGCGGUGGACUUGGGCAACGUCUGGCGCUUUCCCUACAUCUGCUACCAGAACGGAGGGGGGGCUUUCCUCCUGCCCUACACGAUUAUGGCCAUUUUCGGGGGGAUCCCACUGUUCUACAUGGAGCUUGCGCUGGGCCAGUACCACCGAAACGGAUGCAUUUCCAUAUGGAGGAAAAUCUGCCCAAUUUUCAAAGGGAUCGGCUAUGCCAUCUGCAUCAUCGCCUUCUACAUCGCCUCCUACUACAACACCAUCAUGGCCUGGGCACUCUACUACCUCAUCUCCUCCUUCACCGACCAGCUGCCCUGGACCAGCUGCACCAACUCCUGGAACACCGGCAACUGCACCAACUAUUUCUCGGGGAACAACGUCACCUGGACGCUGCACUCUACGUCUCCCGCUGAAGAAUUUUACACGCGCCAUGUCCUGCAGAUUCAUCGGUCUAAGGGACUUCAGGACCUGGGGGGCAUCAGCUGGCAGCUCACCCUCUGCAUCAUGGGCAUCUUCGCUGUUAUCUACUUCAGCAUCUGGAAAGGUGUCAAAAUGUCUGGCAAGGUGGUAUGGGUGACAGCCACCUUCCCUUAUAUCAUCCUUUUGGUCCUGCUGGUAAGGGGGGCCACCCUCCCUGGAGCCUGGAGGGGUGUUCUCUUCUACUUGAAACCCAACUGGCAGAAACUGCUGGAGACGGGGGUGUGGGUGGAUGCUGCUGCUCAGAUCUUCUUCUCUCUUGGUCCUGGCUUUGGGGUCCUGUUGGCUUUCGCUAGCUACAACAAGUUCAACAACAACUGUUACCAAGACGCCCUGGUGACCAGCGUGGUGAACUGCAUGACGAGCUUUGUUUCUGGAUUUGUCAUCUUCACGGUGCUUGGGUAUAUGGCCGAGAUGCGGAACGAGGAUGUGUCCGAGGUGGCCAAAGAUGCAGGCCCCAGCCUCCUCUUCAUCACAUAUGCAGAAGCCAUAGCCAACAUGCCAGCAUCCACUUUCUUUGCCAUCAUCUUCUUCCUGAUGUUAAUCACCCUGGGCCUGGACAGCACCUUUGCAGGCUUGGAGGGGGUGAUCACAGCUGUGCUCGACGAGUUUCCGCACAUCUGGGCCAAGCGCCGGGAGUGGUUUGUGCUUGGUGUCGUCAUUACGUGCUUCUUUGGCUCCCUGGCCACCCUGACUUUCGGAGGGGCCUACGUGGUGAAGCUGCUGGAGGAGUAUGCCACGGGCCCCGCGGUGCUCACUGUUGUCCUCAUAGAGGCCGUGGCUGUGUACUGGUUUUAUGGCAUCACUCAGUUCUGCAGUGACGUGAAGGAAAUGCUCGGCUUCAGCCCUGGGUGGUUUUGGAGGAUCUGCUGGGUCGCCAUCAGCCCUCUCUUUCUCCUGUUCAUCAUCUGCAGUUUUUUGAUGAGCCCGCCCCAGCUCCGACUUUUCCAGUAUAACUACCCUCAGUGGAGUAUCAUCCUGGGUUACUGCAUAGGGACCUCGUCUUUCGUCUGCAUCCCCACAUACAUAGCGUACCGGCUGAUCGUCACUCCAGGGACAUUUAAAGAGCGUAUUAUUAAAGGUAUCACUCCAGAAACAGCAACAGAAAUUCCCUAUGGAGACAUCCACUUGAAUGCCAUAUAACAUGCUUCAGUGAGAGGAAAAUGGCUUCCCAACAACUUCUUCCUCUGAUUCUGACAAGUCAUGCCUCGCCUUCUCCCCUCUCAGUGAACGAGUUUCCAGCUACACCU